AUGGCGGCCGUUGUGAAGCAACUUCUGGCUUCACAAAACUUUUUGAAGCAGGUUCGACACCUGCAGAACUUCGAGCAGCUACAGCAGAAGCAGCACGUGGUCCUGCAGUCUUUACUGGCGAAGACAGCCACCCUGUCGGCGGACGAGGCGUGCCGCAUCUACGAUGCACAAGACCGGAACGUGUGGACGGAUGCACAAGUGCAGGAGGUGCAGGCAGCGGUCGCGGCGAUCCCCUCCAGCGAGGCGUGCAUGAAGAAGGGGCAGCUGCAGGACUUUGCGGCAUUUGUGCCGUUCUUGAAGAGGAGCCAGUGGCAGGAGCUAGAGGGAUGUCGCAUGCAAGACCAGGUGAGCGUGAAAGUGUUGAGGUACUUAGCUGAGCUUGGCCUGCGACAUCCGACGGAGCCUACUCUGGGCAAUGUGCUGAUCUUCAGCAUCCUGAUGCUGGAGAUGCCGCUGCCGGAUGCCGAGACGUUCCAGACGGAAUUUGAAAGUUUCAAGCCGGCAGCUCGGCGCUUGCUUACUGCUCACGGCAACCCGCUGUUUCACUUGCAGAUGCUGCCCGAGACUGCGGCUGCGUUGCCGGUUCAAGUGGCCCAGGCUGUGUAUGUCACGGAGGGCCCGGCGAGAGGUAAGGUGAGCAUGGAGCAGCUCGGUUUCGCUGCUUCCAAGUUACCGCUUCGGAAGAGCAGUGCACAGCUGAAGAAGCAGCCGGAAAACGCAGGGCAGCUCCUGGGCGCCCUCGUGCAAGGACUGUCGAGUAGCUUGAGUAGCGGGUCGGGGCGGCCACCGGCUUUGCCUGUUGCACAACCGCCCAGAGCGAAGCAGCCGCUGGCAAUCCUGGACCGUGAGCCCCUGGCAAUCCUGGAUCGCGACAGCGAGGCCCCGCCGGCCGUGGAAGCGAAGGUUGCGGAGGAGAAGACCAACGAAGCCCAGGCUUUGGAGGAGCCGGCGGCCGUGGAAACGGCGGAAAGUCACCUCGAGCGGCUUCAGAAAGCUCUGUAUGGCGACGAGCCCCAAGCUUCGCGAGGGAAGAAGCGAAAGGCUGAGGCAGAGCCGAUGAAGAGACCUGCCGCAGCGAAGCAGCUCCAGAAAGCUCUGCGAGACGACGAGCCAGAAGCUUCGGGAGGGAAGAAUCCAGAAGCUGAGGAGGAGCCAGAGCCAAUGAAGAGACCUGCCGCAGCGAAGCAGCUCCAGAAAGCUUUGCAAGGCGACGAGCCAGCAGCUUCGGGAGGGAAGAAUCCAGAAGCCGAGGAGGAGCCAGAGCCGAUGAAGAGACCUGCCGCAGCGAAGCAGCUCCAGAAAGCUUUGCAAGGCGACGAGCCAGAAGCUUCGGGAGGGAAGAAUCCAGAAGCUGAGAAAGAGCCAAAGCCGAUGAAGAGACCUGCAGCGAAGCAGCCUUCGCCGGCCUUGAAAAGACCUGCUGCGGCCGCGAAGCCACCCGCCGCUCCGUCUGGCAGGGCAGCUGUGCCGGGCAUGACCUGGGAGGAUCGCAUAAAUAUCCUUGCAUGCAAGAACAGUCGAGACCCUGCAGAGCUGCAAGCUAGCUACGGCCGCUGCAGUAGAGCUGGCUUGCAGAAGCUCCUCGCAGCAUGCCUGGCUACGGCCGGCACUAUAGCCUCCUGCAGCGAGCUGGCUACGGCCGCCCCUGCAGGCAGGCUCCUGCAGCGAGCUGGCUACGGCCGCUGCUGCAGGCUGCGACUUGCAGUGGGCUGGCUACGGCCGCCGCUGCAGGCUGCGACGUGCAGUGGGCUGGCUACGGCCGCCGCUGCAGGCUGCGACUUGCAGUGGGCUGGCUACGGCCGCCGCUGCAGGCUGCGGCAUGCAGUGGGCUGGCUACGGCCGCCGCUGCAGGCUGCGACGUGCAGUGGGCUGGCUACGGCCGUGCCCAUGGGCGACGACGAGGAGAAAGAAAAGAAAAAAGAAGAGGAGGAGAAGGCGGCUAAGGCCGCCGAAGCCGAGACCUCCUCCGAGGAGGAGGAGGAGGAUACCGGGGCCCUCACAGGUGAGCCGCUGCUCGAGAACCCGCUCUCGCGGAGGCGGGAGGCGGAGCUGAAGGCUCAGCUGCACGAGCAGCUUCAGAGGGCCUCGCCAAAGAGCUCGCCGGCAGCAGCCGCCCGGGACACGACGAGGGCCUCGCAAAAGAGCUCGCCGGCAGGAGCCCCCCGGGACACGACGGACGCCUCGGAGGCUACAGCGAAGGGGAAGCGGGGACGAGGGCGGCGAAACAAUGCAGCGAGGACCUACCGCUGCAAUCGCUGCCACCAGUACCUGGUGCCGACGGUGGCAGGCCACAGGUCCCAUCGUCGCAGCGCCCUGUGCUUGGCCUGGCGAAGAUGGGAACUGGGGGCGAGACCCUGGGACACUUGCGUGUCCCGGGGCCAGGCCGACUACGAGGUCUGGUGCAACGGGCACUUCCCCUUCGAGGACUCCGACUGCCCGCCGGACUUGGAGGAGGCGAUGCAGACGGCGGCCAAUGCAGCACCGGCUUCCUCCGUGGCUUCGAGUCCCAGCGGAAAGCCGCCUGCGAACCGCGGCAGCAUCUGGACGGCGCCUCCUCCGCUGCCGGCAGCCUUGCAGAAGCCGGCCUCGAAGCCGAAGCCUGCUCACGUGCAGCCGCCGCCGAGGCCCGUGCAGCAGCAGGAGAAGAAGCCGGCCCGGUCGCAGUCUCCGGUCAAAGACCGGGACAAGGACCCACGGGAUCCGGGCGGAGACGUUGCGAAACUUGCCCUGCAUAUGGCCGCAGCUGCUGGCUCCCUUUUUUGUGUUGGGGCCUGCCGCAGAAUGGCGGACUUCUCGCGGAGCGAGCUGUGCGAGCUGCGGAAGCGGCUCAUGGAGCCCUGCGAUGGCGAGGUGCCUCUGCCGCCGCCGGAGGAGUGGAUAGACCACGAGCUGGAGCUGGUGCGUGAGACACUGUAUUUCAUCAUGCAGUUCCGCUCGGUUGGCAAUCGGGACGUGCUCGCCAAGUGCAUCGGGGUGCUGGCGUGCCUGCGGUCGAUGUGGGAGCAGCUGUUCGACGGCUGCCGAAACAAGAACCGCAUGUGGAGCGGCUACUCUUUCGUGCCGCGAGAUCCCGAGACCGACCUGGAGUCGUGGCUGCGGCAGGUGCCAGCCUUGCAGCUGCGGGAUCGAGUGCGAGAGCUUCGCUUGUGCCUAGGCAUCCUGCCGCACUACUUCGGCCGCAGACUGGGCACGGAAUGGGACCAGAACUUCUCCACGGCGAGUCUUGAGGCCGCCAAUGUGCUGCAGAGACUGCAAGAGCAGCCUGCUUUAAAGGUAGUGGUGCAGACGGGUGCGACUGUGAGCACCGAGCGGGUCAAGCCGGCCCCUAAAGGAGUCCGACAAAAGCUUCCGGACCAGUGA